AUGGUGACUAAGGAUGCUGUGGAGAACUCCAGUCUUGCAGGAAGUAUUGUGAAACCUCGUCUGACCUAUAGCAGAGAGCUAGAAAUUAAAACUACCCUUCAGGAACUGCUGAUCUACAUCAUUUUCCUUACAGAUCUAUGUAUAUUGACAUUUGGCAUGGUGAACACAGACAUGUAUUACUUGAACAAAGUUAUGUCAAAUCUCUUUCUGGAAACCUCUGUGUCUGAGACAGAUAGAACUUCCUUCAAGACCAUAGGCAGCAUGGUUGAUUUCUGGAAGUUUGCAGAAGGACCCUUGCUUGAUGGUCUGUACUGGGACACGUGGUACAAUAACAAGACAUUGACCAGCCACAAAAACAGCAGUCAUGUUUACUAUGAGAACUUACUUUUAGGAGUAGCCCAGAUUCGUCAGCUAAAAGUCCGCAACAACACGUGCGCUAUCUAUCCCUAUUUCCGAACAUUUCUGAAAGAGUGUUAUCGCGAAUACCGCUAUGUCGCUGAAGAUAAAUCUGAUUUUGGUCUAAAGAAUGGGUCUGUAUGGACGUAUUCCUCUGCAUCCUCAUUAGCCCCCUGGCACUGGGGAGCCAUGGGCCUUUACAGCGGUGGAGGAUUUAUGUUCACCUUACCUAAAUCAAGGAGUGAGAGCAUAAGGAAGCUUGCGUUUCUCAGACGCAACGGCUGGCUCACUAGAGGGACAAGAGUCGUAUUUAUUGACUUCUCAGUGUAUAAUGCCAACAUAAACCUCUUUUGUGUAGUCAGGUUGGUAGUGGAAUUCCCAGCCACUGGUGGUGCUCUUCCUUCUUCGCAGUUUUACUCAGUAAAGCUUCUCAGAUACGUCACUUAUUACGAUUAUUUCCUUGCCUCUUGUGAAGUCAUCUUUUGCCUCUUCAUCUUUGCUUUCAUCAUCCAAGAAAUUUUAAAAGUUAAAAAGCUGAAAACGGAAUAUUUUAAAAGUGCCUGGAACUGGCUGGACAUGCUGCUGGUGUCGCUGUCUAUCUUUGCCAUUGCCUUCAAUAUGUACCGUACUGUAGAGGUGUCCUUGCUGAUGGAAAGCCUGCUCUCUAAUGCCUAUGUGUAUCCAGACUUUUAUUUCCUUGCAUACUGGCAAACCCGUUACAACAACAUGAUUGCUAUCAAUGUCUUCUUUGCCUGGAUAAAGAUAUUUAAGUUCAUAAGCUUUAACAAGACGAUGACUCAGCUGUCUUCCACUUUAUCCCGCUGUGCCAAAGACAUCAUCGGAUUUGCCAUCAUGUUUUUCAUCAUAUUCUUUGCAUAUGCACAGUUAGGCUACCUGGUCUUCGGGUCACAAGUUGAUGAGUUUUCCACUUUUCAGAACUGCAUUUUUACGCAGUUUCGCAUAGUGCUGGGUGAUUUUAACUUUGCGAGCAUAGAGCAAGCCAACCGAAUUCUCGGCCCCAUUUACUUCAUUACCUUCGUGUUCUUUGUGUUCUUUGUACUGCUGAACAUGUUCUUGGCUAUUAUUAAUGACACAUAUUCAGAAGUGAAAGCUGACUUUGCAGUGGUACCGAGUAAAGAAUUUGAGAUCAGUGACCUCAUUAGACAGAGUUACAAUAAAGCCCUUGUGAAACUCCGGCUGAAGAAAUCGAAGAUGGAGGAUUUGUAUCCGGCAGGUGGAAGCUUGCAAAGCAUGAAAACCAAGGGGCAUUCUGCCUCCAAAACAGACGAUGCUUUGAAGCCUUCCAGAAGAUCUAGUGUGGAUGAGAAGGGUUAUCUAAAAUCACCACAGCUACAGAAGUGGAAGGAGACGCUUCACCAAAAGUAUCACUCUGCCGAGAAUAAGGAAUUGGCCGUGGCUUCUCAGGACCAAGUCUCUCCUCAGGAAUUUCAGCAACUUUUUAGAUACGCGACGGAACUGGAGAAGCGACUAAACGAGGUUAAUGCAAAGCUGAGCAGAAUUCUGAAAGGCGUGCCUGAUCUGAAAGGGUCUCCAGACAAGAAACAGAGAUAG